CGUUCUCUGACCUUCCAAGGCAAGUUAUUUAUUGUUCUUUCUCCUUUCAAAACCCUAAUUUCUCAUUUCAAUUACCAUCUUGAUUGUUGAAUCAUAGGCCUAUUUCUACGAGAUCAGUUUCAUCGCUAAUCAAUCAGUAAAAUGUCUCUAGCGGUGAAUUUUCCGAGGGAAGGACAUGGUUUACCUGGUGCUUAUUGGUCCACCUUUGGUGUAAAUAACUGUGGCAAUACCAGUAGAAAGAGAAGUAGGAAUAGCUGCAAUAAUUGGAAUUAUGGAAAUUACUAUGACUACUGGGCAAAAUGCCGGGAGCACAGUGGCAAUUCUAAUUUUUACAGGGCAGAUUAUCCUACGUAUAUGAAGCUAAAUAAUGCCGCCCAGUCAUCACUGAAGAGGAGGAAACAUUCAGCUUCUACUUGGGAAAACUGCUGGAGGUACUAUCUUCCAACCACUGUUCAUGACAGUGUCCCUUCUACAUCAGCUAGUUGCACGCUUGAAUGCUCUAGAUUCGAAGACGAAGACCUAGUAUUUCUUUCAAGAGAUGAGAUUGAUAGAUUCUCACCAUCAAGACAAGAUGGUAUUGAUGCACUUCACGAGACAAACUUGCGUUAUUCGUAUUGUGCCUUCCUUCAGGAUCUUGGAAUGCGGCUAGAGCUGCCUCAAACUACCAUUGGGACAGCCAUGGUUCUGUGCCAUCGUUUUUUCGUUCGAAGAUCGCAUGCUUGCCAUGACAGAUUUUUGAUUGCUACUGCCACGCUUUUUCUUGCCUCAAAGUCUGAGGACACACCGCGUCCCUUGAACAAUGUUUUACAGGCGUCGAGUGAAAUCUUACACCAGCAAAAUUAUGCUUUUUUGCCUUAUCUUCCUGUGGAUUGGUUUGAACAAUAUCGUGAACGGGUGCUUGAGGCUGAGACAUUGAUACUGACUACUUUGAACUUUGAACUCAAUGUGCAGCAUCCAUAUGCCCCGCUUACUUCUGUUCUUACCAAAUUAGGCCUAUCACAGACUGCUUUAGUGAAUCUGGCAUUACAAUUAAUAAGUGAUGGGGUCUUCACAAGAUUAACAUGCUGGCCUGUAUGAUAUUCUUAGCUGGAGGGUUGAUCAUUGAUAUGCUGUUCUUGGAAAGUUUUGUUUUGCAUCUGAUGUAGAACUGCUGAUGUCUAAUGGUUUGCUUAACCUCUGGUUAUGUGCCAUCCCAUAACUUAGUUUUGGGCUACCCAAGAUAGUCACAGUACCCAACCCACCUUUUUUAGCCAACCCUCAAUCCUUAUGCCGGAGGCCUUUAGCCAAUGGCUUAUCUGUACCUCCUCAAUUUUUUAGUAGAUUCUUUGCAGUUAUGUUGUCAGAAAGAAAGUGAUCAAAGAAGUGAGACUCAUUAUGGGACCCUCCCUCUCUUUUCACCCAUUCUCCUUUCGCCUCAUCUUUGUCUAGAUAUAUUAUAUGGUCGCUUCUAUUACUGUAGAGGAUCUUGUAUUUUUGGGGGUGGAGGCAAUUGUGUCUAUAUAAACGUGGGUGAAAAGAAGAUCAUGGUCUGAAGACCAUGUUGGUCUGAUUAGAUCUGAUAAUCCAAAACCAAAAAAAGAGAAAUGUGACAAACUACUUGUAAAAUUUGGAUGUAGAUGAUUUUUCUACAAUCUGAAUCAAUAAUAAAAUUAUUCAAAAGUGGGCAUUCGUACAUAGAACAAAUUUAAUGAUGGGGAGGAAAACUACGAGGGUCAUGUCUCUUGUGCAGCCCAGCCUUUUAUGUUUCCAUGUUUUAAUUGCAUAAUAUCUCUGGAGUUCCCACACAGCACGUCUGGGCCUGCAAGUCUGAUAAACUCUCUAGAUGACUAUUAAAUAUUGCUAUAAUAUGUACUGUAUCGGCGAUCCUGCAGACAAUGAUAUUCUACCUGAGUUGCUGCUUUUCUAGUUGGUAAGGUAAAAUUAAUAAACUUGUGUUUUUGACUUGGUAUGAAUGUUCAUUUUAGAAGCUGACAUGAUGUCAUUCAUGGGAAUAUGUGCUCAAUUAUAGAAGAAUCUGUUCUCGAAAUGGUCAGUCUGAUAAUUUCUAUAUCUCUACUUGUGCUGAAUAAUUGUGGUGAAUGGAAGUAGAAGUGAUGUAUGCCUUAUAUAUAUCUAGGUCUUUUGAAGCUGAAGAAUGUUAUGUUUUGCAGGCUUCGAAGCUCUCUAUGGCUUCAGUUUAAACCCCAUCAUAUUGCUGCUGGUGCUGCGUUUCUUGCAGCCGAGUUUCUGGGCAUGGAUCUUGCUGCUUGUCAUAAUAUCUGGCACGAGUUUCAGACAACUCCAUCCGUUCUUCAAGAUGUUACACGGCAAUUAAUGGAGCUGUUCUAAUUGCAUUAUAGCAUGAUCGUACUAAUUAAUCUUCAGAGGACAAAGUAUAGAUUGCACAAAUACUCAAAGUCAGGAAAUGGCUCAGAAAUCAGAAUUGAGAAGAAAACCCAUUCGGGAACAUGCGCUCUGGCUUUGUUGGUUUAGCUUCUAACACAUUGGUACUAUUAUCCCUUUUUUUUUUUUUUGUUGGGGGGCCUUUUUUAACUUAAAUUUUAACACUGAUCCCUGAGGGGAAUGUACUGAAAUAUGCGAAUAAAAAUAAUUUUGAUACUA